GUCCCGGCUCGGGCUCCCUGUCUGCGCUUCCAGGUUCAGUUUCAGGGUCGGGCCGGCAAGACCCAGCGGGCGGCGCGGAGCUGGCGGCGCAGCCCGGACCCGCGGGGUCCUCUGGGGGCCCCGGAAUUGAGAAGCGGCGUCCGGGGGCCCCCAGCGGAGGAUGGGCUGCGGACGCAGCAGACUGAGUUGCUGCAAACCCCCCAAAAAGAAGCGCCAAGAACCAGAUCAGCCACCAAGAGCAGAGUUCCAAGAACUAGGGCCCCUCAACAGGGACACAGCUAUCCAGUCCUGUGCACCCGAGGAGGCUGAGCAACUGCAGAAGGAAAUCAGCAGAAUUCUCCAGCAGCAUGAAGAGGAAAGGAAGAAUUGGGCUCAACAGGUGGAGAACGAGAGGGAGCUAGAGCUUCAGAAGAGACUGGAGGAGCAGCGAAGAGUCCUGGAAGGAAAGCAGGACGAGGCCCUGCGAGUUCUCCAGGCCUCACAUGAACAAGAGAAAGAAGCCCUUACCCACUCCUUCCAGAAGGCCAAAGCCGCCCUGCAGGAAACCAUAGAGGGACUGACCUCUCAGCUAGAGGUCUUCCAGGGCAAGAUGAAGAGGGUGGAGGAGUCCAUUCUGAGCCGAGACUAUAAGAAGCAUAUCCAGGUCUAUGGGAGCCCCAGCCAAUUCUGGGAGCAGGAGCUGGAGAGCCUGCACUUUGUCAUUGAGAUGAAGAAUGAGUGCAUCCACGAGCUGGACAAGCGACUGCUCCUCAUGGAAGCUGUGAAAGAAAAAAAUCUGGUGCUGGAGGAGAAAAUCACAACCCUGCAGCAGGAGAAUGAGGACCUGCACGUCCGCGCCCGGAACCAAGGACUCUUGUCCAGACAGCUCUCAGAGGACCUGCUUCUGGCCCGCGAGACUCUGGAGAAGGAGUCGCAGUUGCGGCGACAGCUACAGCAGGAGAAGGAAGAGCUGCUGUACCGGGUCCUGGGGGCUGACGCCUCCCCUGCUUUCCCCCUGGCCUCUGUGCCCGCAACCGAGGUCUCCUUCCUGGCCACCUAGGCCAUGGGCUCUCUCUCCAAGGACUUUGUGGAGAAGACUGCUGGAGCCACCUGCUCUGCUCCCGGGAAAGAAGGAGGCGGGGAUGAGAUGAAGAGCCCUGGGGAGUGUGGGUCACCUAGGAUCCCCUAGGGGACUUUGCAGGCCCCAGAAGUGCUUUCCCUCGACUUGGUCCAGGGAAGAAACAAAUCAGGGAGGUCCUGAGACUGCUCCCAGGGUGAUCCCUGUCCCAUUGACCAGCCAGCAGAAGAGGAGAUGCUCCCAGGCCCAGUUUGUUGAUUCUGUCUUAUCAGUCUCUUCCAGCUGUGCCCAUCUGCACCCUGGCCUUGUCCUAAUCUCAGUUUACCCUUACUCUAGGAUGAUUGGGGCAACUGGCCAAAUGAUUCCAGGUCACUGCAGUGUCCCCUUCUCAGAUGUCUGAAGGUCAGGCUAGGGUUAGCAGCAGGAACACCAAGCAAAGCCUGCCAGUCAGAAAUGAAACUGGGCAAGGUGAGAGCUGGGAGGCAGUCCCUGGAUGCCAUAGGCAUCCAAACCAGCCACAGUGUCACUGUGGUGCCAGUCGGUUCGGCCCGGGGACCACGACCUGAGCUCCUCUACCUUCACCAGGCCUGGCUCAUCUCCUCAGCCCUCCUGGUCCCUCCGGCUCGUGCCACCUGGGCCCCAAGGUAUGUGUACCCUCAAUAGUCAGAGCUGGAGUCCCAGCCCUCUGCAGAGGAGGCAUCCAUGAGGAGUGGCCCCUAUACUUGGGACUGCAACUCCGCUGCCAUCCAGCCUCAGCCUUAGUCCCUGCCUCUCCUUUUUCCUGCUCUCUGCCUUAACUUCUCUUCCUCCCACUCCCAACCCAGCCCCAGGCUCCCACAUGGCCUGGAAUUCCCUGCUGCAGCGGGAAUGGGUGGCUGGAGCUCCUCACCCAAACAGGGUCACCCAUCCCAACAAACUGUACACUUCACAUUCUUGUCAGGAAGCUUCAGGCUGCCUGGAGGUCACUGGUCACUUCCCUGCACAGAACUUUUUCUUCCAAAGGUUUGUGCAGUCUCCUUCCCCUGAUCCCAUGCACUUCUCUCACACACCCCACACCCUCUUCUCCUCAGCAGGUUCACAGGUCCUGUCGCUGAAGCAAACCAAGGUCACUGGCACCAAAAGACCUCUAGGCUUCCCAGCUUCAGCGUCAGGCCUUGGGCUGAUAAGAUAGGAAGAAUCAGCCUGUGCUUUGAUCAGUUUUACAAGGACAUUGUCCAUAACUGCCUUCUUCAGUCCACUGGACAUGGUCUCCUCCCAUUUCUGGCCCUUGAAAUUCAGGUGUGAUGGAUGUUGAGCAGGGAACAUGUGCUGAGCUGCCUCUGGAGACGCGGUCUGUCCAGGCUAUGUGGAAGCCUGGAGGACAGCUGCAGAUGGGAGCAUGUGUGCACUUGUUUGUGCAACUUUCUCCAAAGUACAUCUGAGAAGCCAGUUCAUGGGACAUCUACAGCCAUGAUCUGAUGAAAGAAAGAACCAGUGGCCGUGUCUUUUUGGGAAAUAAAGAGAUAUGCAACUUG